UCGACGUGCCCGCGCAGUGUCUCCAGGUCUGAGCGCAGCGGCCGGACGCGGAUCUCGAGGACUGACUGUGGACGUGCCGUGGAUCUCCGGGACUUGUGAGUGUCAUCCGUCAUGGGGGACGUCGUUUCCAGUCACCUGGAUGAAUCCAAGCGGGAGCUGAUCACAGCUCGGACCGGAGCGGUCAUGGCGGAGUUUGGCCGCCUGUACGAGCAGCAGUAUGGCGUGGCUCUCUUCAACAGUGUUCGCUUCGACCUCGAAGGAGGAGGCGGGCCGCAGUCCCAGCUGCUGCAGCGUAAGAUUCCCCUGGAGAACAAGUCCAUCUUCUCUGGAACCAUCUUUCAGUACGUCGAGGAGAACAAGAAGUGGAGGAACCGCUUCCUGUUUGUCCCGGACUCUUACAACAUCAGCUGCUAUGAAAACAAAGCUGCCUUUGACAAGCAUCUGCCCCCCAAAGGAAGCAUCAACUGCGCUGGCUCCAAAGUGCUGACCUCUGUGGAGCAGUACCUGGACCUGAUGAGUGACAGCCUGCCAGAUGUGAAAGCCAAAGCGGGAAAUUCUCCGUUUCUGAAGUGUCCCAGCCAGUUCCCUGUGAUCGUGUGGCAUCCGUACACUCGGCACCAUUACUUCUGCGCCGGCAGCGAGAAGGAGCAGCAGAAGUGGCAGGCUGUCCUGCAGGACUGUGUCCGGCAUUCCAACGACGGUUUGUGUGAGGAGAAUAGGGUCCAAACUCCAGCCUUCACUGAUGCAGUGCGACUCUACCGACAGGCACAAGGGAACUACGGCACGUGGGACAUGAUGUGUGGACUCCCGUCGCAGAUCCUGUCCAACCUGGUGAUGGAGAGCCUCCACCCCGAGCUGAGGGAGCUCAUUUCCCCCCGCCUCAAAGGAAAGCUGCAUGACCGACAGAGAAGCUGGAUGCUGAUCAGCGACGCCGUCUACAGCCAGGUGCAGGAGCAGUGCCGCGCCCACCAUGAGGCACUGCUGCAAAAAUGUGAGGACAGCCGCUCCUCCCUGGAGGCAUCCAUAAGGAAAGACAUGGACCAGAUCAUUGCAUCCAAGGAGCACAUCACCAGCAAGGUCAAAGGGGCGGUUCUCUCAAAGGCGGAGAAGCUGUUGAAGGUGAGCAUCCAGCCGUACAUCAGCUCCAUCCUCGACGCCCUGAUGGAACCCACCAGCCGAGGUUUUUUUGAGGUGCGGGACGUUUUCUUUGGGGAGCUGACAGAGAUGAGCAAAAACACUGUGAACAAGGGGACCAAGGAGACGGUAGCCCAGCACAUGGAGAAGAUCUCCAUGCUGCCUUACCAUCCCGUGAAGAUGCAGAGCUGCUAUGAGAAGGUGGAGCAGCUCAGUCUGGAGGGUCUGCAGCAGAGAUUCGACGUCUCCAGCCCAUCCGUCUUUGUCCAGCGGGCCCAGAUCCUUAUGAGACAGCAAAUGGACAAUGCUGUGUUCACAUUUGAGCACAUCCUUCACCAGAGCCUGGAGUCCCAGGGACCAGAGGAUCUCUGUAAGACCAUCCAGCGCUGCCAGGACAGAGUUCUGAAGAAAUUUGACUAUGACAGCAGCACGGUGAGGAAGCGGUUCUUCCGUGAAGCUCUGCUCCAGAUCUUCAUCCCCUACAUGCUCAAACAGCUCAGCCCCACUUGUGCCUCAGAGCUUCCCGGCUUCCAGGACCUGAUCUUUGAGGACUUCUGCCGCUUUAUCUUGGUUGAGAACAUCUUUGAGGAGGUGGUUCUGCAUUCUGUGAUGAAAGACAUCAUGAUAGCUGUGAAGGAAGCAGCAGUCCAGAGGAAGCACAACCUGUUCAGAGACAGCAUGGUCCUGAGCAACAGCGACCCCAACCUGCACCUCCUGGUGGAAAAGCCAUCCAUUGACUGGGCCAGAAAAUACGGAGGAGCCCAGGACAGCACAGAUGGACCAGGGGGGGACACUGAGAAUGAGGGGGAGGAUGCCGAGUCCAAAAGGAGUUGGAGGAUGAAGCAGGUGGUGUCCAUGAUCCAGGUGGAAGGCUCUUCGUUGCUGCCUGGUCAGUCGUCCGUGGAGGUGCCCGAUUCUGACGUCAGCCAGGAAGAGACGGAUGGAAACGUGAAUAAAAGCUCAGACGACAACCAAAAUGGACCCACAAAGUCAGAGAUCCCUCCAGACAUGGCCAACGGUGCUGAUCUGAAGCAGGAAGCCAAACCGGACGACCGGGGUGAAGACGAUGAAGCAGCACUUUCUGCAGCCGUGGGUGUAGGAGGCAAAGCAAAGGACAGCCAGCCUGAGGUGGAGGAGCAGUCAGCCUCCAGCAAGGAGCUAAAGAAAGCACUACCCCUGUCCCCAAUUGCUGAAGAAUUGCCGCCUGGAGCUCAAGAGGUGACUCCAGAGUAUCCAUCUGACAUGUCAAAUGGUUCAGACCUGAAUCAGGGAGUCAAGCCAGGGGAGCAAGGUGAAGGUGAAGAGGAGGAAGAAGCAGUUACUGCAAUCACAGACGAGGGAGUCGAGGCAAAGGACAGCAAGCCUGGGGUCGAAGAACCUCCAGCACCCGGCCAAAAAGGAGUGGAAUCCAAACCGCAGUCCCCUCGCUCAGAGGAGACGCCAUCUGGAACUUUAGAAACAACCCUAGAGGGCGCUUCAGACGUCACAAAGGGCUCUGACAUGAAACAGGAAGUCAAACUUCAGGAGCCAGGUAAAACGGAUAAAGCAGAAACUGUGGGGAGCGUGAGUGAGGGAAGCAUCCCAAAAAAGGACAAGCCUGAGGCAGAAGAGCCUCCGUCUUCCCCGGUGGGGGAAUCUGUCCCUCUCUCCCCUGCCAAGGAGGAAAUGCCUUCUUCAAAAAAGACUCCAGAGAGCACUCCGGUCUUGGUAAAUGGUUCUAUAAUCGUGCAGGAAGCCAAACCUGAAGCUGCAGCAGCUGUUGCUGUGAUCAUGGACGAGGAUCUCAAAGCAAAGGACAGCAAGUCUGAGGUGCAGGGACCUCCAGAGUCCAGCAAAAACGGGGUGGAAUCCAAACCACUGUCCCCUGCUGCUGCAGUUAUGCCCUCUGGAGAGUUAGAUGUCACUCCAAAGAGCACUCCAGACAAUGCAAAUGGGUCUGACUCUAAACAGGAAGUUAAGCUGGGGGGGUCAGGUAAGGAGGAUAACCCAAAAGAGGAUGGAGCAGCUCUCACAGCGCCUGCAACCACGUGUGAAGACAUCAAGGACACCAAGCCUGAGGUAGAGGAACCUCCGUCUUCCCCGGUGGUGGCAUCUGUCCCUCUCUCACCUGCUGACAAGGAAAUGUCCUCUCCACAAAAGACUCCAGACAGCGCUCCAGCCUUGGGAAUUGGUUCUGAAAUCAUGCAGGAAGCCAAACCUGAGAAGCGGGCCCUAGAGGAGGAGGAGGCUGCUGCUGAAGAUCGCACAGCAAUUGACACCAAGCCGGGGGCGCAGGAACCCCCAGCCUCCAACAAAGGGGUGGAAUCCAAACGGCUGUGCCCUGCUGCAGAGGCAAUGCCGUCUCCAGCUCCAGAAACCCGCCCGGAGACCCCCGCCGACUCCAAGCCGGACUCCAGUCUACCUCCCCUGAACAGUUGCACCCAGGUUCCUGCCAGCAAAGCAGUGGAUGAGGAGGGGGCCACAGUUUCCUGUGCAUCACAUUCACAGCUAAGAGAAGAACAGCCGCUUGCAGGGGAGACGGGUGGAGCUGCAGAGCACAAAAGCAGCACCAACACCGAGACCGGAGAGCAGUAACGGCAAGCAUCCUCCAUGUGUGUCAGCAUUAUGCCAAACAAACUCUUUUCUACUUUCCACUGCAGUUUGACCCCCCCACAAGGGUUUAAAGGUCUCACCCCACUGCACAGGCGGAGGACGACUAGUUUGAAGUCCUGUCCACCCAACAGAAGCAUGAGCACAGGGGGGUGGACCGCAAAGGUGUGCUCCAGCCUUCAAACGAGUUGCUUUAAAGAGUAUUAGUCCUACCUGGACAACAGAAAAUGUCGUCUAGAAUGAAAAGUACAAGUUUACCUAACGUGGCGGCUAAUGCGGCCCCCCACCAAUGACACUAUUUUAAAGGUUUGUUUGUCCCCACAAGACUGUAUAGUUUGUAAAACUUGUAUGAAAAGGUGAAGUGCCAAGUCGUCAUUUUACAUUAUUUGUGUGUUUUAUAACAUCAAAAGUCCCUUUGCUGAUUUCUCCAUCUGUAUUAUUUAUUAUUUUUGCCCCCAUUUCCUUGCUGACAUUUAUUUUAGUUUUUUUUCUUUGUUCUCCAAAUGUCUUUUCUUGAUAAUAAAUCAGUCACUCAUUAAAUCGGA